AUGUUAACACAUCAAUAUUCAACAAAUUUAAAACAACAAUCCGAUCAUGAUCUUACAGAAUUAUCAUGGUUAACACAAGCAGAUAUAUUUGAUCGUUCAUCAUCAUCACAUUUAACACGUUCAGUACCUAUAUUAAGUAAAAAUUUACCAAUUUAUAUUACAGAUAAACAUUAUCAUCGUUCAUCACCAUUAAGUUUUAUUGAUUCAUCUGAUAGUGAACAUGAUAAUGAUUCAUCAUCACUUAAUUCUUCAAGUGAACGUGUUAUCACAACAACAACAAUAACAACUGAUAUUGUUUCACCACCACAUUCAGCAUUAUGUUUUUGGAUAUUAUUUGCUAUUGAAGAUUCUAAAUCUCGUGCAUUAACAUUAAAUGAAAUAUGUGAUUGGAUUGAAAAUCAUAUUGAACAAUCGACAACAACAACAACAAAUAAUAAUUCAAAUGAUGAACAAUUAAUACAAAGUGCUCGUUUAAAAAGUAAAAUACGUUAUCAUAUGACAAAACAAUUAUCAUUUUUUGUUAAAAUAAUUAAAAAUCCAAUUAAUGGUAUUAAAUUACGUUAUCCAUUAUGGACAACAGAUCGUUCAAAACGUUUACUUUUACUUGAUACAUUAUUAACAAUGAAUACAAGACAAUUAUCAUUAACAACACAAUAUACAAUUAAUUUAUUUGAACGUUUAUGUUUUGAAAGACAACGACGACGACAUAUAAUAUGUAAUACAAAUGAUGAAAAUAGUUGUCCAUUAAAAAAUAUAAAAAAACGUAAUAAAAUUAUUCAUCAUCUUGGAUCAUCAGAAGAAACAAAUAUAAAACGAAAAAAACAACAUUCAAAACAUGAUUUAUCAGGUACUUCAUUAACAUCUGCUAGUGUUGAAGUUGUUGAUGCUGCAAUGACAUUACUUCUUUUACGACAACCAAAAUGA